AUGGUCGGCGUCUGGAGCAGGGGCUGGGCCUGGAGCUGGGCCCGGAAGGAACAGAAAGCUGCCUACGUCCGCGAGAAUGACUUGCCGCAAAUGGAACAGCGGUGCGGCUUAAAGUUGGUGAUCCAAGCGAUUGUAGUGUCGUUUGCAAGAUCCGCACUGGAAGAGCCCCUGGUCGUUUGCACGUGCAUUGGUCGAGCUGCUCCCCGCAACUUCGAUGGUGCUCAUCCACCGCUCACCCCUGUCUACUUCUUCUCCCAUGGCUCGACCAUGAUGCUUGGCGAGGAGUCCGAGUCCGCCACCUAUUGGAAGAAGGCUGGCGAUGAAGCUCUCGCCAACAACAUCAAGGGCGUCAUCAUGAUGGGAGCACACUGGGACGCCCCUGGUGAUGAAGUUCACGUCGCCACAAAUCCCAACCCCAGCAAGUCUCCCGUAGCCUACGUACACCCCAGCAAGUACGUCGACUACAAGCUCAACCCAGACCUGCCCACAGCCGAGCGCUGCGUUUCGCUCCUCAAGAAAGCCGGGUUCGCGGCCUCGGGCGACGCCACCUUCGACUGGAUCCACGACACGUACCUCAUCCUCAUCCGCAUGUUCCCGGCGGGCUGCCCGCCCACCACGCUGAUUUCGGCCAACGAGCGCUACGACCCGCACUUCCACAUGAAGCUGGGGGCAGCGCUGCGUCCGCUGCGCAAGGAGAACUACCUGAUCAUCGGGUCCGGCGGCGCCGUGCACAACCUCUACCGCAACCACUGGAUGCCGAUGCUGCGCUUCUCGGACAACUUCGCCCAGGAGCGCCCGCCCGAGUCGUGGGCGCUCGAGUUCCGCCAGGCGGUCGAGGAUGUCAUCCGGGAAUAA